UGUCCGUGGCGGACUUUUCGUUUAUGUUCAAAAUAGAAUGAGCAGCUUUUCCCUGUUUCACACGAUGAAUUUACGUUUUUAGGCUCAUGAAAGAUUAGCUUACUUUAAUCAAUUCACGGUAGCCAACAAGCACUUUUGGUUGAGCAAUGUCUUACGCUGCUUGACGUUUAAUAACGGUUAUUUAUUUUGUCAGUCAGGAAGCCCUUCAUAUUUAUCCAGCAAUGUUACCUAUGAGGACCAUGAUGACGCCUGUCAAGCCUUCCCAGAAAACUGCAGCUGCAACAAAGAUCAAAAAUAAGAUUCUAAAUACCUCCUCCUUCUUCAAGGUCUCUUUGAAGACCAACAACAAGGCCCUAGCGCUUGCCUUGGAGGCCCAGAAGGAGAGGAGCAGGCAGCUGGAGAAGGGGAUUGUGUUCUAUCAGAGACAAGUGAAGGCUCUGUGCUUCGAGCUGUCCACCAAUAAAUACAAGCAAAGGAAACUGCUCCUCCUCCUGAAAACCUUCCACAGCAACACUCUGCAGCACUUUAACAUGGUGGCUGACCUGUUCCCAGACAGUGAUCAUCCUAAACCGUCUGAGGACAACACAACUUUAUCUGGCGAUAUUGAAGAAAAUCCUAUAGUGGCAAGUCUUACAGAUCAGUUACCUCCUCAGCCAGACAUUUUAGGGAAUUUGUUGUGUCCCCUUGGAAAAGUGACUGCUGACUUGCCUGAAAAAAACAUUGGCGCAAAUGUCUUAAAUAUCCAGAACAGACCCAGGGAGGUCCCUGACAUUUUCUGUGAUAACGUAGAUGCUGAGAAAAGGCAUUCAAGCCAGCUUAUACAAGCUCCCCAGACAGAAAAAUCCCGUCCAUCCAGCAGCCUUAGGGAUGAAGUGGAGAGGCUUUCAUCGAUGUUCUCUCAAACUGUAUUUGAUAUCAAGUUGGUCCCCUGUCUUACUAACAGUCAAAUCCCCUCAGCUGUAAGCGUGUGUGAUAAAUCUCAGCCACAUCUUUCUGACGAUGUUCCCCUACCAAGUGGCUCAUUCAUGGAAAUAGAACCAGAACAUGGUAACAAACAAGAGAAGACUGUGCUUCUGAAUACAACAAUGGAGAUGACGCAAAUUAAUGCUCCUGAGAUAGUUACUGUAGAAACCAAGGCCAAAAAAACAGGCCGUUCUGGCAAGCCGAAAAACAGGAAGAACAAGGAACAAGCCUGUGGGUCAAGUGUGGCUGAAAAUCCACAGGUGAAAAAGUCUGCAGAUUCUAGGUUGAGUGAGGUUCAGAGUGCACCCACUGGCACGUUGAUACAAACAGAUGGCCAUGCACUAGAGGAUAACACACACUCAGCAUCAGGGUCACCCAAAACACAGUGUAGGCAUGUCAUCACAUCCCGCAUUCCCAAAUUUUGCAAGUCUAAAGCCGGCAACAGUCAGAAAAGGCUAAAGGACAAAUUAAAAUCCUCUGACCUUACCAAGUCAAAACCGGAGUCCCCGGACAUUGCUAUGCCGGACGUGGACGAUUAUUUCAUGGAUCCUAAAAAUGAAUUACCAAAAGCCAGCAAAGGUGUAAAAUUACCACAGGAGAUCAAUACGACCGAAGAGGCCACGUCCAAUAUCACAUGCCGGAGGUCCAGGAUUAAAGGCAGGAGCGUGUCUUCGGUCCCCAGGAAAACAUUUGUCAGUUUGCAUCCACUAUCACAGGAAAGUGAGUGCAGUCUGUCCAUAUUGGAACAGGUCCACAACAAAGUGGAAGAAGUUGUUAAGGGAAAAUAUGAAGCAUGCAAAGACCAAGAACUUCUGGAAGAUUUACUGAUUUGUGCAGAUAAAGUCACACGUACAGAUUUACAACAUGAGGACAAUAAUCCACAGCACAAAAUAAAGACAAAUUUUGGGGGAAGUCGGAGAUCAAGAUGCAGAGGGACAUUUGUUGUCUCAGUGGCCAGAGAUGACCCACGGAACGGAGCAUCAACAGCAGAAGGUGUCGUAGAGCAGGACCUAACGCCUUCUACAGGAUCCUCAGACCGGGAGAGCAUGGAUGCAGUUGUUGUUGUUACAAAACAUUCAGAAUCAAACCAGCUCAGCGAUGGAGCCCUUGUCAGGGAAACUCCGAGCUCUUGUAAGCGUCCUUGGUUGGCCACUCUGGAUUCAGGAAGCCCUCACGAUGAUUUGAGUAGCAACAAUAAUCAUGAAGUACCGCCUCUGGACAAAGACCGCACUUCAGGAACAGAGUUUCAAAAACCUAAAAAAGCCAGAGGAGAAGAAACGAGUCGAUCCAGUAAGAACAGAGUCUUGCAGAGGGAGGGGAGUGUUGAUCAUUCAAAUGACAGGACAAAGAAGGGAAAAAGUAGCCGUAGCAACAACAUAUUUGGAUCCAAAUUGGAACAGGUCCACAAUGAAGUGGAAGAAGUAGUUAAGGGAAAGUAUGAAGCAUGCAAAAACCAAGAACUUCCGAAAGAGUUCUUGCUUUGUGCAGAUAACUUCACACAUCCAGAUUUAGAACAUGAGGACAAUAAUCCACAUCACAAAAUAAAGUCAAAUUCUUGGGGAAGUCAGAAAUUGAGAUGCAGAGGGACAUUCGUUGUCUCAAUGGCCAGAGAUGGCACCUCACCAAACACACCAUCAACAGCAGAAGGUGCCUUGGAGCAGGAGUUAACGCCUUCUACAGGAUCCUCGGACCGUGAGACCAUGUAUGAAGUUGUAAUGAAACAUUCCAAAUCAAACCUACACAGGCACAGUAAUGGCGUUUUUGGCAAGGAAACGCCAAGCCCCUGUCAUCGUACUAUGCUGGCCACUUUGGAUUCUGAAAGCCUUCAAGAGGAUUUGAGUAGCAACAAUAACCUUGAAGUACCGCAGCUGGACAAAGACCGCACUUCAGGAACAGAAGUUCAGAAACCUAAAAAAGCCAGAAAAGAAGAAACGAGUCGAUCCAGUAAGAAGAGAGCCUUUCAGAGGGAAGAGUGGGUUGGUCAUUCAAAUGAAAGGAAAAAGAAGGGAAAAAGUAGCCGUAGCAACAACAGAUUUAGAUCUGAGGAUGAAGCAUGUUAUCUUGAGGGCAGCGGUGAUGCCUCACCUGUCUGUCAUAUAGAUGGUCCUGACAGAAACUCCAAACAAUUAGAUGUUUUACGGGUGGUUGACUCACAUUCCACGAUCAGUGAAAAGGAUGAAAUCUUUGAACAUUUGUUUGAUUCAAAACUCAACGAGUCAAAGUCCAAAAGGGCUCAGAAUGCAAAACGGUGUAGACAGACUUUCAACCUCCAAACAACCACAGAAACCAGAAAUCCAAGGGAAACCAGUGAUGAUGCAGUUCAUCAGAAACUGGGACACCUGCUGAUGGAUGAGAUGCCACCGUGGCUGGACAUAGAUGUCAGCGUUGCUGACACAGAGGUUGGCUCUUUACUCACAAGUCCGAGGAGGGAGACAUCAAGCAUGGUGGCUGUGAUCGAGGAGUCUGCAGCUUUCACGACUGAUUAUUCUCCAGCAGGAGGAGUCCUUACAUCUCUAACGAACACCGUUGCAACCCCAGACAGGGAAAACGAGGGGAGAACCAGGAGGCGUAAAGGCGUCAUCAGUUACAAGGAGCCGACCCUCAACAGCAAAAUGAGGCGUGGAGAUAAAUUUACCGACACCGAGUUUCUGAGUUCUCCGGUGUUUAAGGACGGAAAGAAAAAGAAGAAGCAACAGCAGAAGACAAAUCCAAAGUUGGAUGGAUCCGUUUUUAUGAACUGAUUAUUAUCAUUAUUAUUUCAAGUUGUUGGUUUUCUUAAGAUUAAUAAAAUCCUUUUGAUCUUG